CACAAUGCAUUGCUAUUCAAACAAACUAGUUUUAGUGAACUUCUCUCUUAACGUACACGGACCUUCUUUAUGUUAGUGUUUAUAACGUUAUUAAUAAUGUUGGAGUUUAUUUUUUAUAUUAUCUUGAACUUUGAUCUUUAGUGGAAGCCGCCGAGCGCUAGCUCGCGGGGACAGUACGCAUUUCCAUGGUAACAGCGAACUCCACCAACCAGAGACGUCGCUGUGAAACUAGGAUUGUGGGUAGUGUAGUUCUUUUUUUUAAUAGCAGAAAUCGUGAAUAAACCGUGUUUUUCUUAAAACGAGAUUGAUAUUUCACGUACUUGUGUCAACACGAGCAUAUACCAUAGUGUCACGCUCACGUAGUUUUAGAUGGUUAUGACGUCAUGGCUAAUAAUCAAAUCCACUAUGGAGAAAAACAACGGGGGUCUUACUCCUGGGGUUACACUGUGUGGAGCAAGAACACGAGGGAAUCUCAUAUUUCAUGUGAUUAUUAUUGAUUUGUUAGGAACAAAAUGAUGUGACUUGACAAACCACUUUUAAACUUGUGAGUGUAGCUCGGUCAGAAACAGACUCCAUUAUUAGUACGAGUGGAAAGUCAGUGGGUCAUUUAGGCACCCACGCUAGUGUUAGUGGGCUGUGAGUUCAUCCAGUGACACAGGAAGUGGUUUACAGCUUUAGUAUUUCGUUAAUGAAGUUUAACCCAACCACAGGUGAGCACCGACUGACAGGCUGAAAAGAGACCGAGGUGUGUAAUGUCCUAAAGAGAUGAAAACAUGCUGUUCACACGGAUCUGCAGGCUGCUUCAUGCUGUACCAGCAUCACAGACUUCAUCCAGACACGCAGUGAUCCGCAGAAGCAUGGCUUCAGGCCCGACUUCCACAGAAACCACCCGGUUCGACUUCCUGGUGAUCGGCGGGGGGUCUGGAGGUCUGGCCGGGGCUCGGAGGGCGUCGGAGCUCGGUGCAGCCACCGCAGUCAUCGAGAGUCACAAACUCGGAGGUACCUGCGUCAAUGUCGGCUGUGUCCCCAAGAAGGUCAUGUGGAACGCUGCGGUGCACGCCGAGUAUCUCCACGAUCACGCUGAUUACGGCUAUGACGUGGAGAGUGUGCGCUUCAGUUGGGAAACGCUGAAGGCCAAACGAGACGCGUACGUCGGUCACCUCAAUCGCAUUUACCGAAACAACCUGGACAAAGCGAAAAUCCAAACCAUCCAAGGCCACGCCCGCUUCACCAACGACCCCGAGCCCACUGUGGAGGUCAACGGCAGGAAGUACACGGCGCCUCACAUCCUCAUCGCCACCGGAGGGCAGCCGUCUGUUCUGAGUGAAGAUGAAGUUCCAGGGGCCAAUCUGGGCGUGACCAGCGAUGGAUUCUUCGAGCUGGAAACUCUGCCAAAGCGCAGCGUGAUCGUGGGGGCGGGGUAUAUCGCCGUGGAGUUGGCGGGUAUCCUGUCCACCCUGGGGUCCAAAACGUCCCUGAUCAUCCGGCAGACUGGAGUGCUGAGGAACUUCGACAGCCUCAUCAGCGCUAACUGCACCAAAGAGCUACAGAACUCAGGCGUGGACCUGUGGAAGAACUCACAGGUGAAGUCUGUGUGUAAAACGGACAAAGGGCUGGAGGUGACGCUGGUCACCAAAGACCCCGAGAAGAAGAACGACGAGGAGAAGGUCAGAACCAUCCAAGAGGUGGACUGUCUCCUCUGGGCCAUCGGGCGGCAGCCCAAUACCUCAGGACUGAACAUCGGGGAGAUGGGUGUGGACACAGACGAGAAAGGACAGAUCAUCGUGGACGAGUUUCAGAACACGAGCCGACCAGGGAUCUACGCCGUCGGGGACGUUUGUGGCAGAGCUCUUCUUACACCUGUUGCCAUAGCAGCAGGCAGGAAGCUGGCGCACAGACUGUUUGAGGGCAAGAAGGACUCCAAGCUGGACUACUCCUGCAUCCCCACGGUGGUCUUCAGCCACCCCCCCAUUGGAACCGUGGGUCUCACAGAGGAGGAGGCCAUCAAGUCUCGAGGGAAGGAGAACGUGAAGACCUACAGGACGUCUUUCACGCCCAUGUAUCACGCCAUCACCAGCAGGAAGAGUCAGUGCGUCAUGAAGCUGGUGUGUGUGGGCAAAGAGGAGAAGGUGGUCGGCCUCCACAUGCAGGGUCUGGGCUGUGAUGAGAUGCUGCAGGGCUUCUCCGUGGCCAUCAAGAUGGGCGCCACCAAAGCAGACUUUGACAAGACUGUGGCCAUCCACCCCACCUCGUCUGAGGAGUUUGUGACCAUGCGCUAACCCCGCCCCCUCCUCAGUCUUCACACGCCCGGCAGACCGGCGGCAGACAGGGACACGGCCGCGCCUCCGCCCCGCUCCAGCUUGACGACUUGCUUUCUGAAUCUCAUUUAGUGACCUCCUCUGUGCCAGUGUUUCCUGUACUGUGGGUCUUGAUUUCUGACUGAAUCAUCAAUGAUGGAAGUGAUUGAUCUGCAGGUUCUUUUUGUGGCGUGAUUGCUCAGAGUGUCCUCGUCUCCGUGUUCGUCUGUCUUUUGUUGGAUUAUUAUCCCGAACACUGCUUCUCCUUCAGGCACCAUAUUAACUACCUUAAGGUCCUAACAUAGAAACUGUACUGUCCUAAGAUUCAAUAAACCUGCAGAGUCUUUUCUUA